UGUUGAGGAGCAGUCGUGUCCAUAAGAGGCGGAUUAGGUUUAGCCAGAAAGCACAGGUAUAUGAACAAUACGUUUCAUACAUUAUCCACUUUGCCAAAUCGGACAGCCCUUGUCCACUUCAGCUGCAAAAUGUCGUCAGAAAAUCUGAACUCAGACACACAUAUGGAUUACGACGACGAAAAACAGGAUUCCCAAGAAAAGAAUGCCAACCCUGUGAUGGCUGAGGAGGCCAAGUUGAAAGCCAAGUACCCCAGUCUCGGCCAAAAGCCCGGAGGUUCAGACUUCCUGAUGAAGCGGCUACAGAAAGGGCAAAAGUACUUUGACUCGGGCGACUACAACAUGGCCAAGGAUAAAAUGAACAAACAGCUGCCCGUGGCACGUCCUGACAAAAACCUUGUCACUGGGGACCACAUUCCCACACCUCAAGACCUUCCACAAAGGAAGUCCUCCUUGGUUACCAGCAAACUUGCUGGCUAGCCUCCACUCUUCUCUCAACCCAGGGCUCCCGGCAAAUGUCUCUCCUCACCCUUCUCCCAAGAUGUGCACAUUCACCCCCCCCCCCCGCCCCCCCCUAUUCAUUUCCAGGCUCCAGCUGGCUUAACAAUAUCGGGGAGAGCUGUUAAAGUCAGUCAAUUUGCUUGUUUAUGUACAAUAUGUGGGUGAGUAGGAAGGAAGAGAGGGAAGGGAUGCAAUGGGAUGGUUGCCUGGGACCCUUUCCAUCAUCUCUUCACUCACACAUCAAACCGCCUUGCACUCUGCUCUACCGCCUCCAUUAUGUCUUUGUUUGGUGUUCCAAGGUACAUAACAGUAGAUGUGUCAUGGGGAGUGAGCUGAGUUAACGCACUUUGUAUAAUGUAAAGUACGUUUUUACAUCCUGAAUGACACCAAAAUAAUGUUGUGUGAAGCAGUUAGGAACCACAAUUGCGUCUUUUGCCGCAUUGCAAUGUUGUGUUUCCAUUGAUGCUGGUGAAGUCAAUCUGCGAUUAUUAUUGCUUGCAUACCAAAUUGGGGAAGGGAAGAGGUAGUAUCCUGUAAGGAAAUGGAUUGCUAAAAUCAUUGGGAUAGUUGGUGACGGAAUAUAGAUUGUUUAUCUUUUAGGUGUUUGUUUAACAAGGUCACCCUCCUACCUGACCAAAUGGAUAUGAAACUGCAAAUUCUUCAGCUCAUGUUGCUUUAUUUCUUGACUCCCUUAGCUCUUCUCUCUUUAAAUAUGCUGCAUGAUUUGUAACAUGUAACAUCAACGUUUGUUGAAGGUAAGAUCAGUUUUAGGAAGUACGAAAUGAACCAUAUUGGAGCCCUGGGAUGUCUGUGGUCACACUACACUCCUUAUUCCUUCCCUCCUUUCCUUGUCCUGAUGAUUAAUACACAUCUUCUGUACACUGACAAUGGAAAAUUUUGAAAGAAUGCACCCUGUAUUCAUUUUCAAGGCUGGGAAGUGCACCGACUACUUAAUUUUGAUGUAACCUUUAGGCUUUAAUGCAAGCCUUAAUGAUUUAUAGGGAAUGAUGCAGUAUAAUGCAAUUAAUAUAUUUUCUGUGUGCAGCCAGUGUUCAGAAAUUACUUUUUGAUCCGGUGUCUUUAUAAGAUGGUCUUGGUGGUUAAUUAUUGUGUGGACUUCAUCACAUUGUUGCUUUUCAUAUCCUUUCUUACCAAGAAAGAAGAUGAAACAGCAAGUUCUAGAUUUAAUAAGUUGCUAAAUCAUUGUCUACGUUACUUCCAUCGGCUUGCAACAUUUACAUUUAGUCAUUUUAGCAGAUGCUCUUAUCCAGAGCGACUUACAGUAAGUACAGGGACAUUCCCCCGAGGCAAGUAGGGUGAAGUGCCUUGCCCAAGGACACAACGUCAUUUGGCACGGCCGGGAAUCGAACUGGCAACCUUCAGAUCACCAGCCCGAUUCCCUAACCGUUCAGCCACUUGACUCCCACAUGGGGAGUCAGGUGGCUGACUCCUAAUAUGAGGCCCUCGCAGUGCCCAUCUAUUCUAGAUUAGGAUUUCCCCAUAUUGACAGGCUACAGAUAUUCAAAUCUAAGAUCUCGGUUGUGUUUAUGAGGUAAACUCUGAACAAUCUGAUUACCAGGUGUCAAAUGGUCCCAAGAUCAACCUCUGCACGCUCUUAAGUGGGACACUGCAUGCUUUUGGGAUGUGCUCACUUUGACACAUAUGGCAAAGUGUCGGAGUUGAAUGACGUACGGGGAGGGGGCAAUGUGCUGGCAUAAACAGUCUUGACACCUGUUGGGAGACAUUUAACUCAGACAACAACAUUACAAGGUUCUGCAAGUGAAUCAAAUAAACGUUGCAUGCAGUCCAAAACAGAUAAAGCAGGAUCUUUAAUUAUCAAACAAAUUAGCCGUAUUCUUUUAGCAUUUCUUGAGGGAAUAAUCACACUCUGAAUGAGGGUGACUAAGGGUCACAUGAACAUUGAAAGAGACCCACACUUUCCUGUUGUUUAAAUAUUAAGUUUGUGUGAAACUGGCAUUGAAUGUGCUUGUUUGGUGUAGUAUGAAUGUGCUACUUCCCAGCCAUUGUACAGUAAUAUACUUUAUUGGGGAGAUGGUUUUUGUUCUUUCCCAACCAUUACUACUUCUGCUUUGUCUAUUUGUACUGCAGAAGCUAUGUGAAUCUGUAUAAUAUGAAUAUAUGUGUAAAUGCUGCUGAAACAGUCGACAAAUCUCGAACAGAUGAUCAAAUUGACCCCAACAACAUACAUUUUCAAUUAAUAUCUUGCUGCAAUCUCACUCUAAGAAUUGUAACCUGACAAGAUAGGCUUCAGGAAAAGUGUCAAAAAUUUAUUGGAAUAGAGCAUGAGUGAGGUUGUUGACCAGCAACAGAUGAUGAGAGUUCUUGAAUGAUACUUUUUGUGCUCUGUCUUGGUUUUGUAUGUUUUAAACUCAGAGGUAUAUUGCAGGGUAUGUUUAAAUACCAUGACAGAGUGUAUAUAUCCUGUUUAAGCUUAAUAUGUGCCAGAAUAAAAAUAAAAUAAAGAGUAAAUGGCAGACAUUGUGCUCUAUAGUAUCUUGUGCUGCUUACAGUUUAUUGUUGUUUUGCAAAGUUUUAUUUUUCAUGUGUUCGCACUGCAAAACUACAUAAUUUUAUCCUGGCCCAUGAUAACUGCAGGAAUAUCAGGAGCACUCUUGCUUCCAAGAAAACUAAUUUCGAUGAGAAUAUGAUGACUGUAGACAAAUCAAAAUGUUGAAAUUAAGAAUUUAGGUACAAGAGCACUGAGAAUGUUUCAUCUGUGUAAGGGUAGAGGAGUGGAUUUUUGUCAGUAUUUGAAAUAAACUUUUACAUUAAUACAAAUGA